AUGCGCAAGACAUUGCUUCUUGUUUUCAUCCAUGGCUUUAAGGGCGGCGACGACACGUUUGGUUCCUUCCCUGAGCAUCUCCGCACCCUUGUUAGCCAUGCGCUCCCUAAUAUCGACGUACUUGCCGUGACCUAUCCAAGGUUUGAAACCCGCGGCGACUUGAAAGAAAGUGUCGCACGUUUUCGCGAAUGGCUUCAGAACAAAGUCAUCGACAUAGAGGUGGCUCGUUCGACACCCUCCCCUGCGGUUGACCCUUCGGUGCAUGUGAUCUUGAUUGGACAUUCAAUGGGUGGUAUUGUCGCGGCAGAAACAUAUCUUCUUCUUGCAAGUGAGCAACCGAUCCCGACAGGUUCGUCGCGGCAGAAUCCCGAGAGACCGAAUUUUCCAUCCAACACGACCCUCAAUUCGACGACUGCGACUUCGCACCCAACCACGUCUCAUCAUCAUGACGCGUCGAAAGCUCAGAACUUCAUGUUUCCUCAUAUCCAAGGUUUAUUGGCCUUUGACACACCCUUCCUCGGCCUGGCACCGGGAAUGGUUGCUCAUGGACUAGAGGGAGGUCACAAAUUUGUCUCCAAUGCCUUCAAUACGUAUAAUGAAGUUACCUCAAUGUUUGGUUGGGGUUCCAAGUCCGAACCAAACAUCGCCUCGAAGGCUUCGAGCUCCAAGGCGCUUCCAGCGCCAGCCUCGGCCACGGGAGAUGCCGCAGCGACUCCUCGAUGGCAGUCCUGGGGUAAAUAUGCCAUGUUUGCCGGUGCCGCGGGCGCAGUCGUCGCUGGCGGCGCAGCAGCGCUGUAUUCACAACGGGAGAGAUUGAGCACUGGAUGGCAGUGGGCUUCCGACCACCUUCUGUUUGUGGGAGAGUUGUUCAAGCCGGAGUUUCUGCGCAGGCGGGUCGAGAACCUUGAGCAGACAUGCAAGGAGCGCGGUGGUGGAUGUGCAAAUCUCUACACUAACUUGGGCAAGGGUGCGCGUGAGGGUUAUGGAAUCACAGCCAGUGUGGCUGGGAAAGAACGAACGUUCUGCAAUUUACCUGUAUAUGUCAGCAAGGAAAGGAGCCAGGCCAAAGGCCGCACGGAAGGAGCAAGACCAGCAGAAUUGCAAUGGAUCAAAACCGUCAACGAGAAAGCCGCGGACGAGACCAUGGCCCAUGUGACCAUAUUUUUCCCACUUGACAAUCCGGGCUACUAUGCGUUAAGUGAGCGAGCGAAGGAACUGAUUUCUGCAUGGGUUGACCAGGGUUGGUACCGCGCAAGCAACGGCCCCACGUUCUUGGGAAAAGACCAUGGGGUCAACUACGGGGAAGUCGGCGACGGUUGGGAAAAGCCGGAUUACGACGCUGAGGAGGUUCGAGCGAAAGGACGAGAACGAGACCGCUUUACUGACCAGCCGUCUCCGGACCCGGAUGUUGAAAUGAAUCUGAUAAGAGAUUGGGAUUCAGUCGACUUGCAACGUGGUGAAAAGCAACUCGACCUUCAAGCUGAUGACGAGGUAAGAAUGCGAGAUAGUGAGCAUGGUGACGAGGACCUCGAGGACAGCGUCAUUGUCGAGAAGGCCUCCAAUGGAGAUAUUCCCUUCCCUAGGUCGGAGAAUACUUCAGGAUCAUGA